CAGCCGCCCAGCGCUUCUGAAGCUCCCGCCCGGGAGGCGGUUCCCAGGGCCCAGGGCCGCUCUGCAGUCCGGCUGCACCUGGCCGACCCCUUCCGGGAGACUCGGCGUCACAGCGGCCUGGAGAUAACCCUUGCAAGACUCCAGCCCGUGGCUCCUGCCUGGAAUGUUGUUCUCUGUAAUCAGCAGCCAUUCUUCUGUGAGAACAACCCACCACUUUUUUCCAGGGAACCCUUGUACCCUGCACCCCAUAUUCUUGGAUUCUUUCAUUCUUUUGGGGCCAUAGUUCUUCCAGUAACUUGCUGAGAAAGGAUGACUAGGAGAGAGGAGGAAAACGACACACUAAAACUGCCAACAAGAACAAAGGACGCAGCAAGCGGGACUGUGAGCGGAAAGGAACUAUUGCAGCCACCACACCCUGUGAACGGGAGCUGUGGAGAACCCCCGCAGGAUCCGCCGCGGAGGUGAGCUCCGGGCGCCAUUGCAGAGAGCCCCGCCCAGGAGGAGCCCAGCACCAGCACACAGCCCCGGCCGCCCGGCUGGUUCAGGAGAAGCCUCUGAAGGAGCCAGUCACCCCAGGAUAAAACAGCACUGGCUGUGGGCAGCGCCCACUGUGCCUGUGGUGCAUGGCCGCAGGUGAAGCCCCAGAGAGCCGGCUUUGGUCCAGGGGCAGGUGUUUGGGAGAAGGGAGAGCUCGUGGUGGAUGUGCAGCGUGAACAAGUCUGUGUGAUGUGGGCUUCCAGGGAAGAAGAGUGAAGAGCUGGGGCUUUGAUUUCUGUUGGAGCAAAGAGCCUAGUGCAGUGGUGCAGUGGUAGCUACACCUGCCUCGAUGUCAUCGCCCACACGCUCUGUGCCAGGCAGGACCUACAAAGGGAUGUCUCAGCGCCUGGUGACAGCCUUGUCUAAGGCACCUUGCAGCACAGCGGGGACCGUGGGCUUCAGAAGAUCAAAGCCUCGAUUACGUGAGACACUUGUCACCCAGCAGGAGCAGGGCAUGUCCCUGACACAGGACUAGAUACCACAGAAUCAUGGUCCUGACAGGGGUCUUAGAGGAAGCAGGGGACCCCAUGCUGUUUGUUCUUAAGAAGCCAGUAGUUCCAGCUGUGCUUGGAAAAGUUCCAACCUUGAAGAGGGCAAGAUGGGGCACUGACAUUUAAGAGCAUUGUAAUGAUUGCAAAUCUUUGUGCAAGUGACUAUGAAGAGAGAAGAAGAGAAAGGAAGAAAAGAAAAUCAAACUGGCUUAAACUGUGAAGGAAAUCUGCUAUUAACAGAAGUCCAGAUGACAAAAUCUCCAUAUUUAAAAUGACUGAGGAACAUUUUGAGGACUGAAUUGAGUCUGCACUGAAGGCAUCGCAGCAGGGGCUAUGCCUACACCCCACGUGGAGACUUUGAGGGAACCCAGGGCUUGAGGGGAACCUUGGCGAUGCCUGGGAUCCCAGACUCAACAAAAUGAAACUGGAAGGCUUUUGGUUGCAUCUGGCACUGCUUGGGGCGUCCCUGCUGGCUGCACUGGGAUGGAUGGACCCCGGAACCAGCAGAGGCCUGAACGAGGGCAUGAGGGAGUCGCAGGCAGAGGAAUCCAGAAGCUUUGAAGUCUCAAGAAGAGAAGGACUUGGCCACGACGGGCUGCCAGCCGCAUGCGGGAAGAUGUUCUGUGGCCGUGGGAGCAGGUGCGUGCUCAGCAGGGAGACGGGGGAGCCCACGUGCCAGUGCCUGGAGGCCUGCAGGCCCAGCUAUGUGCCUGUGUGCGGCUCUGACGGGAGGCUCUAUGAAAACCACUGUGAGCUUCACCGUGCCGCCUGCCUGCAAGAGAAGAAGAUCGCCAUCAUCCAGAGCAAGGACUGCUUCCUUAAAGGUGACCCGUGCACCAUGGCCGACUACGCCCGCCUGAAAAAGGUCCUUCUGGCGCUCCAGGCCCGCCUGCAGCCGCUCCAGGAAGGUGAUGGCGUGCAAGACCCUGCCUCCCGGAAGCGCCUGCUGGUGGAAUCUCUGUUUAAGGACUUGGAUGCUGACGGUGAUGGCCUCCUUGGCAGCUCUGAGCUGGCUCAGCGCGAACUAAAGGAGCAGGACCUGGAGGAGGACUUCCUGGGGUGCUCGCCUGGUGACCUCCUCCGAUUUGAUGACUACAACAGUGACGGCUCCCUGACACUCCCCGAGUUCUACACAGCCUUUCAGGUGGUUCAGCUCAGCCUCGCCCCCGAGGAGAGGGUCAGUGUGGCCACGGUGACCGUGGGGCUGAGCACGGUGCUGACCUGCGCCGUCCGCGGGGACCUGCGGCCUCCCAUCGUCUGGAAGCGCAACGGGCUCGCCCUGAACUUCCUGGACUUGGAAGACAUCAAUGACUUCGGAGAGGACGACUCCCUCUACAUCACCAAGGUGACCACCAUCCACAUGGGCAAUUACACCUGCCACGCCUCGGGCCACGAGGAACUGUUCCAGACCCACGUCCUGCAGGUGAAUGUGCCCCCGGUCAUCCGCGUCUACCCAGAGACCCAGGCCCAGGAGCCCGGGGUGGCGGCCAGCCUGAGAUGCCACGCAGAGGGCAUUCCCAUGCCCAGAAUCACAUGGCUGAAGAAUGGCAUGGAUGUCUCCACCCAGAUGUCUAAACAGCUCUCCCUUUUAGCCAAUGGGAGCGAGCUGCACAUCGGCAGCGUCCGGUACGAAGACACAGGGGCGUACACCUGCAUUGCCAAAAACGAAGUGGGAGUGGACGAAGAUAUCUCCUCGCUCUUCAUCGAAGACUCGGCUAGAAAGACCCUUGCAAACAUUCUGUGGCGAGAGGAAGGCCUCAGCGUGGGAAACAUGUUCUAUGUCUUCUCCGAUGACGGCAUCAUCAGCCUCCACCCCGCGGACUGUGAGAUCCAGAGGCACCUCAAGCCCACGGAGAAGAUCUUCAUGAGCUACGAAGAGAUCUGUCCUCGAGGGGAAGGAGACGCCCCCCAGCCAUGCCAGUGGGCAUCGGCGGUGAACGUGCGGCACAGGUACAUCUACGCAGCCCAGCCGGCGCUGAACCGAGUCCUCGUGGUCGACGUUCAAGCCCAGAAAGUCCUCCAGUCCAUAGGUGUGGAUCCUCUGCCCGCCAAGCUGUCGUAUGACAAGUCGCACGAUCAAGUCUGGGUCCUGAGCUGGGGGGACGUGCACAAGUCCCAGCCCAGCCUGCAGGUGAUCACAGAAGCCAGCACCGGCCAGGGCCAGCAUCUCCUCCGCACGCCCUUUGCAGGAGUGGAGGAUUUCUUCAUUCCUCCGACAAACCUCAUCAUCAACCACGUCAGGUUUGGCUUCGUCUUUAACAAGUCCGACCCUGCUGUUCACAAAGUCGACCUGGAAACCUUGAUGCCAGUCAAGACCAUUGGCCUGCAGCGCCACAGCUGCGUGCCCCAGGCCAUGGCCCACACCCACCUGGGCGGCUACUACUUCGUCCAGUGCCGCCAAGACAGCCCCUCUCCCGGCACCCCGCAGCUGCUCAUCGACAGCGUCACGGACUCUGUGGUGGGCCCCAACGGUGAUGUCACCGGCAUCCCGCACACAUCCCCAGAUGGGCGUUUCGUGGUCAGCGCCACCGCCACCAGCCCCCAGCUGUACGUGCAGGAGAUCAGCGUGCGGGGGGAGAUCCAGACCCUCCACGUCCUGGAAAUAAGCCAGGGCGUCUCGGACGUGGCUUUCCAGCACUCCUUCACUGACGGCAACCAGUACUACGUCUACGCCACCCUGCAGACGGCUCCCGACCUGCUCUUCCUGGAGCUGUCCACGGGGAAGACGGGUGUGCUCAAGAACUUGAAGGAGCCGCCCGUGGGGCCGGGCCAGCCCUGGGGCGGCCCCCGCAGGAUGGUGAGGGACAGCGGGCUGUUCGGGCAGUACCUGCUCACGCCAGCCCAGGAGUCGCUGUUCCUCAUCAACGGGAGGCAGAACGCACUGCGGUGUGAGGUGGCAGGCAUUAAGGGGGGGACCACGGCGGUGUGGGUGGGCGAAGUAUGAAGGCGUCCAGAGCAGAGCCCUGGGCCAAGGAGCACCUAGUCCCGACACCGCAGCCCCAAGCAGGCGCACUGUACAUUUUUACGGACAAAAGCAAAAACCUGUAUUCGCUUUAUGGUUCAACACUGGUCUCCUUGCAAGUUUCCUCGUAUAAGGUAUGCGCUGCCGACGAGAGCGGGGUUUUUUCGUUAGGAAGUAUGAUUUACGCCUCGCGCUACGAGGAGAACACACGAGCUGGGCCACUGCCGCGGCCAGCUCCACGCCAUGUCACCCGGGGACGCCGUGGCCCAAGAACCCCUGCUUUGCAGGCUGGCGCUUCUGCCGGUUGCCUUCACAUCGUCACCCUCCCGUACCCCCAGGCCCAGCCCGACGUCCCCCCGCUGGAGCUGCGCAAAACAGGGGCAGGGCCUCCCGCCGCCCGAGGACCGCCUCUGCCCUUGCUCCGGGCCUCCUUUCUCCUUCGCAGCUGCUGCUUUUCUUUCCCAUUGGACUUGUUGUGAGCCUGAGGGAGAGCCAGCGAGGCUUCCUGCAUCCUGGGGCAUGGGGAAAUCACUCACUUUAUUUUGGAAACUGAUUAAAAAAUAAUUUUUUAUGAUCUCAAAUGCUAGUAAGCAGAAAGACACUCUCCGAGGUCCAGCUGUGUUCCCCCCUGCCUUAGGCCGGGCUCUGAGUCACACCCCGAACCCCACAGCCAGGAAGAAGACAAUGGCCCACAAAGAAUAAUGGUCCUCUGCACCACGACACCCCCAAGUGCAGAUCAGGCCACACCCCAAGAUAUCAGGACAAACCCUGUGUGCCUGUUUUUCACCACUGCAAGGGGACAUUUCAUCCGCCAGCCCCAGCACCCCAGCCAGGGCAGACUGGGCUUGACUGGCCUGGCGAUGUGUAGGUAGCCUGCAGACAAAGACCUCCAGACUCCACACACGAACCCCUCUACGAAAGACCAAUUUCUUUUCUGUCUGUGGCCCUUGCACUUGGCUCUGCCCCCCCAGCCCGCGCAUCAUCACGGCC